GGGAGAUGUUAAUCUCGGUGGCUCUGGGCCAGGUGUUGUCCCUCCUUAUUUGUGGAAUUGGCUUGACCAGCAAGUACCUGUCUGAAGAUUUCCAUGCCAACACACCAGUCUUCCAGAGUUUCCUCAAUUACAUUCUUCUCUUCUUGGUCUACACCACCACACUGGCUGUCCGACAAGGAGAAGAAAACCUCCUGGCAAUUUUACGACGACGAUGGUGGAAGUACAUGAUCCUGGGGCUCAUAGACCUGGAGGCGAACUACCUGGUGGUGAAGGCCUACCAGUACACGACGCUGACCAGCAUCCAGCUCCUGGACUGCUUUGUGAUCCCAGUCGUAAUUUUACUCUCCUGGUUCUUCCUGCUGAUCCGGUACAAGGCCGUGCAUUUCAUCGGCAUCGUCGUCUGCAUCCUGGGGAUGGGCUGCAUGGUGGGAGCGGACGUGCUUGUGGGAAGGCAUCAGGGAGCAGGGGAAAAUAAGCUGGUAGGGGACCUCCUGGUCUUAGGAGGAGCCACACUCUAUGGCAUCUCUAAUGUCUGGGAGGAAUACAUCAUCCGAACCCUGAGCCGAGUGGAGUUCCUGGGCAUGAUUGGACUCUUCGGGGCAUUUUUCAGUGGAAUUCAAUUAGCUAUAAUGGAGCACAAGGAGCUGCUAAAGGUGCCCUGGGAUUGGCAAAUAGGCCUGCUCUACGUUGGCUUCAGUGCCUGCAUGUUUGGUCUCUACAGCUUCAUGCCCGUUGUCAUAAAGAAAACCAGCGCCACGUCGGUCAACCUGUCCCUGCUCACGGCAGAUUUGUACAGCCUGUUCUGUGGAUUGUUUCUCUUCCACUACAAGUUUUCAGGACUUUACCUGCUGUCUUUCUUCACCAUCCUCAUCGGGCUGGUGCUCUACUCCUCCACCUCCACCUACAUCGCGCAGGACCCCCGCGUGUACAAGCAGUUCCGCAACCCCGCGGGCCCCGUGCUGGACUUGCCCGCCGCGGCCCAGGUGGAGCCCUCGGUCACCUACACCAGCCUGGGCCAGGAGACGGAAGAGGAGCCCCGCGUCCGGGUGGCCUAGGGGGCGCCGCGCCUCGCAUUGUCUCGGUAUUGUGCGUGGAGAAAGGUAUUUAUCAGGUGCAGUUCACACAGGUGGACUGCAAGGUAGCAAACCCAAAAGCCUGGGAGAGGCACACGCUAAACAUCACGGGAGCCAGUCUCUCAUCCACCUGACUUGGAGAGAUCCCCCGCUCGUGUGUAUCCAGAUCACAACACCCCUGCAUUAAUUACUGUGAAAAUUUUUUAAUCAAAAGCAAGUGUUAUGAUCAUUUUUAUUACUAUUGUUACUCUUAUUACACCAAGUUUCAGAAGGAUGUUUUGUACUCCUGAUGGGAACUAUUGCCAGGCCCACAUGUAGUUAACAUAAAUCCCACUUUUCUAUGGCAAGUCCCUUUUUAAGAGUCAUACUUUAUUUUUAUUUAUUUUUCGCACAGUCUCUGAGUGCUGCAUGCCAUAGGAGCUCCACUCUGAGAAGUUUCCUUAGCCUAGGGACCUGGUGGCUGAUGGUUUCCUCUGUUACUUGUUGGAUUGCCCGCUCAGUAAGUACUUUGUGCCGUGACCCUUGUGGGGAGGGGCAACUGACCACAUAAUUCUCUAUUCCAGGAAUAGAUAUAAAACAAAUAACGUUAGCCUUUUUACAUUUUGAUUUCUGAUUACUCCUGGUAAUUGCCUUUCUGUUGUGCCACCUUGAUUCUGCCAAUUAAGUCCCUGAAAUAACAGGAUAAGGAACAUUCCAUUUCUCUGGCUAAUGGGAAAGCCCAGGAGUAAUAUAACGUGUUCAGGCUAAUACGUAGUUUUAAAAAUCUUGUUGCCCCUCCCUAUAUCCCCUCUUCAAAAAAUAGAUUUGCUUUUCUUUUCUCCUUAGAUUCCUUUAAUGAUAAUAUGGAAAUUAAUCAAGGUAUUGGCAAAAGCCAUGGUCCUCUGCCCUCUUGAUUGUGUGACACCCUUUCUGAAACACAGCAACAUGCAGUUACCUUUAUUGUAGAAUAGUUUGGGCUCUGUGGCCUCCCAACAAAGUCAAGGUGCUGAUAGGGAGCAGUCUCUGACAAUAGCUCGAAUGAUCUGGCCACUGUGUAGUGGUAAAGAUGUUGCCAGUGAGAAAGUCGGGCAUUUUGGUUAUAUUUAGCAUCCAUUCAAUAACAAUACAUCAACACAACAUCCUCAUGGAUACAGAGAAUAUGGCUGGGUCCCGAAAAGGCUCUGAGGGAUAUGUCACUACUCUAAUUCUGUUGCCCUUAAAAUAACCUUUUCCAAACAGAGGAAAUCAAGAAACACUACAGAUCUCUAUGAUUUAGCAAUAGAUUCUUUGCGUCGGUAUAUAAAAUGGUCUUCAUGGUUGGCUGGCUUCAACAUCAUUCAAAAAAAAUCCUCGAUAAAGUUACAGAGUUUGUAAGGAAAGAGUAAAUGCUCAUAAAUUUUGGGCAAGGAAAAGCAAUGAAUCUUAAGCAAGUAAAGCAAAACACCAGAGGGGUCUCUGUAAGUCGAAGGACAGACUGCCACUUAGUCAGGAUUCCUAUGUAGCCUGAGCAAGGCGCUAAAAACAGAGGCAAAAACAUCUCAUGCCGUCAGUCAGCGUCCACGUGGCCCCUCGGCAUGCCUCCUCCCCAGGGCUGGUAGCUGUGCCCUUGCAGAUGGAGAAGAAAAAGUAUCUUUUAUGAUAGUCAGAUAUUAGGCUCAUCUGUGUUCAGCCCCCUUAGAAACACGUUUUAUUUUCUCUGGGAUAAAUGAAAAUCAAUGUUAAAGCUAUAUCCAGUCAAAACAAUUUUGCCAAUGUCUGCUCUCUGCUACCUUUUGAACCAAUUAAAUACCUUUCUCUGAAUAUUUUGUUCAUUCAGAUCUGAAGACCUUUAAAGACUGUGGUUUUCUUUUUGUGUUUACAUUCCUUUGGUUUGCAUAAUUUGCUUGAUUUAUUGCAUUUUUAGUAUUUAUUUUAAGCCAAAUGUUUUAGCUUUUUUUAUUCAUUUUUGUGACACUAAUUUGUAGUUGCUUAGUAAAGUCUUAGGAGAAAUAAGUGGAUGAAAGUUUUCCUAGUUGACUCAAUGGACUGGGAAUCUUUUUUAAAAUUUAAAUUUCAAAAAGGUUUGCAAUCAGUGGAUGGCUAAAAGUUGCCAUCUGAAUUAUUUUCUAGGAUAUUUUAAUUGACUCCAUUGUAUGGAAACCUAGUGUGAAUGUUAAGGUGAAUUCACUGUAUACCCUUUAUCAUCAUCCAGUGUCCUUGUACACAAGAUUUUCAUGUCCCUGGGGUACCUCACUGUGUCGGUUUGUCUCCAUUUAGAAGGCUGAUAACACUGAAUUGUCCAAGAUCGGGAGUUCCAGAUCAAUUCUUUGGAACAAAAGAAAAUAGCAGGAAACACACUUUUUUCAGUGUAAAAACAUUGAUCCUUUGGGAGUGGGGUGGGAAAUGGGUGUGGGACAUUAACUCUAGCUGUUUUCAUUUCUGAAAGUUCAUAAGGUCAGUAGACACCAGCAAAAAUGUCAGCUUUUCAACGCGCCACCCCACCCUCCUCCACGAGUGAGACUAGCAACCUGUAUAGAAUUUGAAUGGCUAAGCCAACCGCAGCUUUCCUAACCCCGCCUAGGGAGAAGCGGAGGUUCCUGCCUCAAUGAAAACUUGCACUGGGGACAGAGCUUGCCUUGGUCACACCUUCCCACAUCUUCAAACUCUGAGAUUCACACCCAGGUAGACCAAGCAAUUAGAAAAAUUUGCACCACUGUGUCCCAUGAAAACGUUUCAAUGUUUAGUUUAGAUAUUGCUAACUUGUGCUAUUAACCUUUUGAGAAGCGUGUGGUAUUGUUUGUUUUGGGUUCCUUUUUUGAUUUAUAACCAUUUAGUAGUCCCCAGCUAGCGACCAGUACAGAUUUUACCCCAUGGGUAGGAUUCUAUUGUCAAGCCACAUAACAAAGCACACUAAUCCAGACACCGCAAAUGGAAAAUAUGAACCAAAAAAAGAAAUUUACACCAAUACGUUGAGCAAACUCUCCAUUUUUGAUAUUUGCAUGCUCCCCUACGGACUGGCUGUGGCAAUGUAAUGCCUGUAUAAUGUUUUCAAAUAAAAAUAAAUGCUUUAUGAAAGCUC